AUGCAAGAAGCCCUGGCUGCUUUGGAGGCAGGAGGCCAGCUGUUGGAUUUGGCGCCCGCGCGCCGCGUGCUCGUGGAUGUCGGGAGGUGGACUCGCUCCCCCUGCGUCGACCGUCCUGGCCCAGUGCAAGGCGCAGACCUGGAGAAAGGGGCACCUUCAGGGGUGGAGGAUCCGGCUGUUGGGUCCUCACUCAUCGCCCACAAUGCCCUGAUCAGCGCUACCGGCAAGAGUGGGGCGUGGGAGUGGGGCCUCUUGCUGUUCCAUCGCAUCCCAGCCUGGGAUCUCACCCCGGACGUGGUGUCCUACAACUCGGCCAUCGAUGCCUGCAGCCGUGCCGAAGAGUGGCAGAGGGCACUGCUGCUCCUGGGUCGGGCUGGAUCGUCCCAGGAGCGGAAUCUGCGGACUUACAACACCGCCAUCUCCGCUUUGGGAAGCCGAUGGAAGAUGGCUCUUGCCCUCUGGAGCGAGAUGAGCUUGAUGCUACUCUUGCCGGAUGUGAUCACGUUCAACGCCUGCAUCACUGCAUUUGGAGGUGCAGGCGAGUGGCAACAGGCACUGCUCCUUGGCUGGCUGUUGUCGCAACGGAAGAUUCCCGAAGGGUGA